AUGUAUAGUGUAUAUGAAGACUGGUGCAAAAGUAAUGAUACAAAGGCAGCCUCAAGAACAUUCUUUUUAGAUGUCCUUAAGCAGGAAAAAAUUAAGAUACAUUCACCUCGUAAGGACCAAUGCGACAUAUGUUGUGGGUACAAGGUAAAAUCGGUUUCCUACGAUGAAUAUCAAAAGCAUAUCAUUAUGAAAAACGAAGCUCGAGAUGCAAAGAAUAAAGCAAAGGCUGAGGCUAAUGACACACAUCUCGUCCUGACUAUGGAUCUACAAAGUGUUUUAUUAUGCCCUAAAACUGAUGCCUCUAGGAUGUAUUACAAACAGAAGCUACAACUACACAAUUUUACCAUUUUUGUGCUAAAUAACAAAGAAGUAUCUCUUUAUGUCUGGCAUGAGUCAAAUGGCGGAGUAUCCUCGAACGAGUUUGCCACAUGUGUGAUAGAUUUUCUGUCAUCUUGUGAACACAAGUACCAAACAGUUACGUUAAUAUCUGAUGGCUGCACAUACCAAAAUCGAAAUAAGGUUCUAGGUAGUGCUCUGCGUGAUUAUGCAGUGCAGUCAGGAAUUCUUAUCAGACAACUCUUUUUAGAGAAGGGCCACACCAUGAUGGAGUGUGACAGCGUACACGCUUCGCUUGAGAAGUACUUCGUCCCACCAAUAAAUUCACCUAGCGAUUAUAUUGCUCAAAUGAGAAGCGCUAGACCCAAACAACCAUAUAAAAUCAACGUACUGGAUUACAAAUUUUUUCUCAAUUUCGAAAAAUUGCCAACAAAUCUCCGAUCUUUGCGACCUGGGAAGAAAGUGGGCGAUCCACACGUUGUGGACAUCCGAGCACUGGAAUAUCGCCCGACUGGCGAUAUAUUUUACAAAAUACGGCACAGUGAGGAAUUUGAAGAGUUACCCCAACGAGUUUUCACACGAUAUGUUCAAAAACCACCUCCAUUGUAUUCCUGUGAAAUUCCCAUAGCUGAAACGAAAUGGAAAUGCCUUCAAGAACUAAAAGGUGUGAUAGAAGAAGAGCAUCAUCAUUUUUAUGACAAGUUGACCUUCAAAAAAGACAAAAACACUGUAAAAAAGUGCAAUUCCAACUCGUAG